UGUAAGAGAGAAUUGGACACUCAGGGGACUGUUCUCACUGAAGACGAUCACUAAAUGCAUUUCAGAGGAAAGCAAGGAAGGCCAGUUGAUUCCUGUCGAGAAGCUGCUCAUACUACUCGAGCAUUCCAACCUUUUAGCCAAGAUCGCAACAGUGAAGGAAGGCCAUACCACAGAUAAGGUUGAAACAGCAUACUUCAUCCCCGCUAUUCUAAAGUGUGCAUCUCCUGAGGAACUAACAAAACCACCCCCCACUGGCAUUGACACGCCUUCUCCUAUCAAGAUCACAUUCGAACCUCAAUGCGUUCCCAUUGGAAUAUUCUGUGCCAUGAUCAGUGAAUUGAUCUCAAGAGGGGGUAAAGGCGAAGGCAUUCUGGGUAUGACUUGGAAACUUGUUGAUUCUUCAGUUAAGAGAAACCUCGUCUCCUUUCAUAUUGACGAAUCUGCCAAACAUUUUGUUACCCUGAUUGCUCACGUCGAUUGCUACGAGAUACGGGUUAUUCGACAGAACAGGAAGUAUACGAUGCACGAGCUUUGUUCUUACGUCCUCUCAACCGUCGUCUUUGUCAUGAAGGACAUCAGCCCUCUCCUCACUCCGAUUAUCGCUUUCGACUGCUACUGCGGCAAACAGGAAAAUUGUUCCAAGCUCUGCCUCCUCAAAACAGGAGUGUUUCCGAAUUUUACUUGCAAUUGUGUGAGGCCCGACCAAAAAUGCUGGUUUGCAGAAGAAGUCAGCAUGGAAAGUGAUGUUUUCCUCCUUGCCCUGCCCUUUGCUUCUGACCAAGAUGUGAAGGAAAAGAACCUUUCCUUCGAGUGGAGCAAGAGAAGACCCAAACUUAGAGGGACUGAAAACGAAUUGGAAUUCAAAGCCACGUCACGUAGUUACUUCAAUGAUUUUAUCAGUUGCGAGAUUUCUCAGAACCAGAAGUCUUUUUUUACAGUGUACCACUGCCUGAAAGAACUGAAAGAGAGUGUUGAGGACGCCUCCGGCUCUGAAACUGAUCAGCUGUUUGCUGAUGUAAAGGAAGUGAUCAAAGAGAUACGCUCUGACUGGUACAGCCUGGCUAUAGAACUGGACAUUGACUACGAUACUAGGAAGAGUAUUGAGAAGGACUAUCGAUGGGUUGAGCCAUGCUUUGAGGCUAUGCUGACACACUGGGUGAAGCGCUCCUCUCCUCCCCCCUCCUGGUCUGCUGUUGUUAGAGCACUUAAGUCUCCUACUAUUGGCCGUGAAGACAUAGCAACAAGCAUUAAGGAAAAUGAAAAAGCUACCACUUCUCCUGAUAUUUGCCGUCUCAACCCCAAAGAGCCCCUGAAUGUGGAUUGUCACCUGAGAGUAGUGAGGGCAGCUGCCUGCAUGGGAGGCUAAAGCAAAAUGGCGUUUUGUGGGAGUGCAAUUGGGCAUCAAAGAGGGAACACUAGAUGCUAUCAAGAGGGACUGUCCGAAUGAGUGUGAUGACUGUUUCACUAAACUACUGGAGCAAUGGUUGACACGAUCCACCCCCGCCCCCACACUGCAAGCACUGAUCGAUGUACUCAAGUCUCCUGUCAUUGACCGUGGAGACUUUGCCCAAGAAAUAGAGUCUAAAUUAACCUGAUAGAGAUUUGUGAGACUAUUAUACUGUCACAGUAUAAUUAUUGCAUGGAGAACAACAAAAAUACUUAGCUAGCAUAGUGUAAGUAUAGUAUAGUGUGCUCUUUUUUCGUAGCUCUGCCAUUGAUAAUGGCUGGUAUUUCGACAAAAAUACUUAGCUAGCAUAGUAUAAGUAUAUUAUAGUAUAAUUAUUCAGUGUGCUCUUUUUUCGUAGCUCUGCCAUUGAUUAUGGCUGUAUUUCGAUUA